CUUUCCCUAUGCCGUUCGUAGUGCCCUCAACUUGUUCGCUCCCUUUGUUUUGUAAUCUCUCUUAAAAUAUCGCGGAAUACCCUGUGAAGUCCACUUUGAAGUUCACUGAAUUUACUGUCGAAUGGAUCGCACCAAAAGUCUUCGCCACUAAAGCCGUUUGUGCUUUGCUAUUUCAUAUAUUGGAAACGUAAGACGUAAACGGACCUCUUCAUCUUUAGCGGCACAUAAAUCAUCAUGUCAAUUGCUUAGUCGUUUCAGCGUUUUUUUUUUUUUGUGUGUGUGGAUUUUGUUAACAGUCGCUGUCAGUCGGGUGGGUGUGGUUCACAAACGAGUAUUAGUAAUAUCCAUGGAAAUCUGAUUGUGUUGGAAUCGUCAACAAUAUGACUUUAAAUAUAUUUCUGUCUUUGCUAAUAAUGUGCGGUGUGUUUGGUAUUGAAGAUGAUGAAGGGAAGACAUUAUCAGUGAUGGGAGAUUCUGUCACUCUAAACAAUAAUCUUACAGAAAUACAGGGCUUUAAUGUGAUACAGUGGAGGUUUGGAAGUGAAGGUUCCCCCAUUGCGGUUAUUGAUGCUGGUGAAGCUGAAAUGAAGAGCGUGUCAGUGAGGGAGGGAGAUUCUGUUACUCUUCAGACUGAUAUUACUGAACUACAUGGAGAUGAGCUGAUAGUGUGGAGGUUUGGAGGUGAAAGAAAACUCAUAGCUAAAAGUGAUAUGGAGACCAAGAGCUCACCUUUACACGAAAACACUGAUGAAGGAUUCAGAGACAGACUACAGCUGAAUGAUCAGACUGGAUCUCUGACCAUCAAGAAUAUGAAAAACGCAGACUCUGGACUUUAUACAGUGAAGAUCAGCAGCAGCAAACAGAUGAUAAACAAGAGAUUCAUUGUUACUGUCAGUGGUUCAGGUGUGUCUCCAGGUGCUGUAGCAGGAAUAUUUGUUGUUUUUCUGCUGGUGAUUGUAAUUCUUGUUUUUUACUGCUGCUGCAAAAUCUUUGCACGAAUGUUACAAGAAAAAAUGAAGACUGUGAUAGUGAGGAGGGGAGAUGAUGUCACACUCCACACUGAUGCUGAUAUAGAGGAAGAAGAUCAGAUCCUGUGGACGUUUGAAGCUCAAGAUGCUCGUAUUGCUGAAAUCAGAGAAGGGACCAGAGAGACAUUUGAUGGUGCUGAUGGGAUAUUCACAGACAAACUGAUGCUGGAUGAGACUGGAUCCCUGACCUUCAGAAACAUUGAAACUGAACACACUGGAGUCUAUAUACUACAGAUCAAGAGGCGCUACAAAAGAAUGUGGCACCAAUGCAAAAGAUUCACUGUUAUAGUCAAUGAUAGGACUAUAUCAGUGAUGGAGGGAGACGAUGUCACUCUAAAUACUGGUAUCGAAUUAAACGAAGUUAAGCAGAUAAAGUGGCUGUUUGGAGAUGAACACAUGAGGGGUCCAAUAGCUGAAAUGAACGGAGAGACCGGAGAGAUCUUUACAUAUGAAGGUAAAGCUGAUGGGAGAUUCAAAAACAGACUGAAGCUGGAUCAUCUGACUGGAUCUCUGACCAUCAAGAACAUCAGUCCUGAACACACUGGAUUCUAUGAACGCCAGAUCACACACUGCAAACGGACUACAUACACCAUAUUGAUGGUUUCUGUCAGUGAGAGGACGAUAUCAGUGGAGGAGGGAAAGAAUGUCACUCUAGAGAUUGAUUCUGAAAUACAGAAAGAUGAUCAGAUUCUGUGGAUGUUUGGAGCUGAAGAGUUUCUCAUUGCUCAAAUAAAAGGGGAGACCAGAGAGACACAUGAUGUUUCUGAUGGGGGAUUCAGAAACAGACUGAAGCUGGAAGAGUCUGGGUCUCUGACCAUCAGUAACAUCACAACUGAACACACCGGAGCCUAUAAAGCACAGAUCAUCAGCCAUGGAAGGACCUCAUACAAGAAAUUCAAGGUUGUUAUGAUUGCGGAGUAUGUGCCAGUGAAGAAGGGGGAUGAUGUUACGCUACAUACUGACUCUAAAAUACAGAAUAACGAUCAGAUACGGUGGAUUUUUGGAGAUAAAACUCUCAUCGCUGAAAUCAAAGAAGGAACCGGAGAGAUCACUACAUAUGAUGAUGUUCUUGAUGGGAGAUUCAGAGGCAGGCUGAAGCUGGAUGAGCAGACUGGUUCACUGACCAUCACAAACUUCAGAACGGAACACACUGGACUCUAUAAAAUGAAGAUCAACAGAAGCGCUGAAAAGUCUAAAAACAAAAGUUUUGAUGUUUUUGCCAGAGUGAUGAUGAUAUCAGAGGGGGAGGAAAUGAAUGGAAAUGAAGUGAAUGAAUCUGUGGCUGUACCGAAUUCGCUGGCUAAUAGAGAUAAUCUGGAUGUAGUGAAUGAGCAACACUGACAUCAACAUUUGAACUCCAGCUACAACAACAGAACAUAUUUCUGCCUUUUUGAGCCUCUAGAAUCUGUCCAGAGUAAUAAGAAAUUAAUCUUGUCCUUUAGUUUUAGAUUAACUGGGAAAUGAAAACCCAUUUUAAUGAUGUUAUGCUUCACACCAUUUUUUAGCAGUUUGACUCAUAGCUUAUCGUCAGAAAUAUCAUAUAUGGCUUUUAUAAUAUAUAUAUAACCACAGCAGUAUUUCUGUAACUUAUUGUAUGUGCUGUUUUAUGUAAUAAUUAACACAAAAAUCAUGUUAAUAUUCAUGUUCAGCUUUGAGGUCAGAUCACAUGACCUUCUCCUCAUGUGUAGAAAUGCAUCAGACUGUGUAAAAUGAUUCAGAAACAUCUCUGACCAUCAAUGCAUCUUGUGUUGUUAAAACUAACCAACUACUCAUUAACUACUCAAGUUAAUUUUUUUUUUUAUAUUUUACUUAUAAAUUGUAAAUGUUGAACCAUUUUUCUACUGUAUUACAUAAACUUGUUGUUAUCCAAUGUUAUCCAAUUAUGUUCCAAAGUGAAUCGGAUGUGAAUGUAGAAGUGAAUCAUAUCUGAAUAUGUAAAUAUAAAUUUAGAGUGACUUUGUAUUCAUGCCUAAGCACUUAAAUUAGCCUUUGAUCUUAAAAACUAAUCAUUUCUGUCCUCUAGAGGACAUGCUUAUUAGUUGUUGUAUUGUUACAAUAUAAAAAUAAAUAAAUAAGUAAGUAAAAAAUGUUCAUACUACAGAUCUUUAGAGCAGAUUUAAUCUGACCAGAUACCGUUGAG